UUACGAAACAAUAUUCGGUUUUGUCGGGCGUAUAUUAAGCCUAGAGGUAUCGAUCUACACAUCCACUCGUUUCUAUUUCAACUCUGUAAAAUUAUUAGGUUUAUAUUCUCCUGGAUCAUCAGUUUUACAACAAUUCACUUAUCGAGUCAAAGAUUUGUGGAGAAUUCUGAAGUUUGGCUUCCAACAAGCAAUUGUGGUUUAUAAACUUGGAUUAAAUUGGCAGUUUUCUUCUGUUCCUGCUCAAUUUGACAGAGAGAAAUCAGUUAAAUUCUUAGGUUUGACUUUUUGAGUCAGGUCAAAAUGCACAGGUUAUUAUCAGAGGUUCUGUUGGGUACCCAAGGGGGCGGAGAAUCACUGUUGGGUUCGAUCAAGAUUGCGGUUUUACCGAUUGCCAAAGUUUUUACCAUGUGUUUUUUGGGGUUCUUGAUGGCUUCUAAGUAUAUAAACAUUUUGCCUGCAAGUGGAAGAAAGCUUUUGAAUGGGUUGGUUUUUUCACUACUAUUACCAUGCUUGAUAUUCUCUCAACUUGGACAAGCCAUCACUUUUGAAAAAAUGAUUGAGUGGUGGUUCAUCCCUUUUAAUGUUGUGCUGGCUACCAUAUCCGGUUCUAUAAUAGGGUUGAUUGUUGCGUUGAUUGUUCGUCCACCAUACCCGUACUUUAAAUUUACCAUCGUCCACGUUGGCAUAGGAAAUAUCGGAAAUGUUCCACUAGUCCUAAUUGCAGCUUUAUGUCGCGAUAAAUCAAACCCGUUUGGUGAUUCUGCAAAAUGUGCCCAAGAUGGAAAUGCCUACAUCUCCUUUGGGCAAUGGGUAGGGGCAAUUGUCCUUUACACAUAUGUAUUUCAAAUGCUUGCACCUCCUCCUGGAGGUUCUUUUGACGUUAUCGAACAAGAUAAACUCCCGGUAAAAAACACUCCAAAAGUUAACGCCCCCCCUGAAGAAGUACCUUUGCUUACUCAAGAGCCCGAACCGAUAAAUGAAGAUUUACCCAAAGAUGGGAAGAUAAAGCAAUUCUUGAAGUAUUGGUAUGAGAAGUUGAAGUUAAAGCAAAUAGUCCAACCUCCUAUUAUUGCAUCUAUAUUGGCUAUUGUGCUAGGAUGUAUACCAUUUUUGAAGAAUAUGAUAUUCACUCCUGAUGCACCACUAUACUUCUUCACUGAUAGCUGCUUGAUUCUUGGGGAUGCUAUGAUCCCUUGCAUUUUGUUGGCAUUAGGUGGCAAUCUUACAGAUGGGCCCGGGAGUUCAAAACUAGGACUAAAAACAACUGCUGCGAUUAUUUUUGCGCGAUUAGUUUUGGUUCCACCAGCUGGAUUGGGCAUCGUGACAUUAGCCGACAAACUUGGAUUUCUUCCACCUGAUGAUAAAAUGUUCAGAUUCAUUCUUCUUUUACAACAUUCAAUGCCUACAUCAGUAUUAUCAGGUGCUGUUGCUAGUUUAAGAGGGUGUGGGAGAGAGGCUGCAGCCAUCUUGUUUUGGGUUCAUAUCUUCGCAAUCAUAUCAAUGGCGGGUUGGAUUGUUUUGUAUUUAAACAUCCUUUUCUAGAUUCGGUUUUUAAAAAUUGGGAGAAACGAGGCUACUCGGGGUCGUUACAAGUAUCAAAUCAUGCAGAAUUUGUUGAUAGUAAUACAAUGAGAGAAACAGAGAUGAAUGGAGAGUGUAUGUAAAGCCUCUCUUCAUUGUUUACUUGUCACAUGGCCAUGGAUGUUAGUUACACUAUUAUUAUUAUUCUUCUUUGCUAUGAUUUUUUUUUUUUUUUUUUUUUUGGAAAGCCACAUUUCCUUGUGUGACUAUUAUUAAUUAAUUAAUUAUUUUCAGGUGAAA